CUAGCGAGGCCCUGCGCAACUCGUGGGACCCCCACGACGAGCCGGGCACGACGGGGAAGUUGAGAAAAGCCACCUACCGUUGCAGCUCUUUGUUCGAACAACUCCCCGUUGAAUGUCGCGCCGCAGACGCACGUCAACAACGCCCGAACCCCAAGACCAGAGCCGCAGUCUGAUGGGUUGCACCCUCAGCCGCGAUGUCAAACUCACCAAACACGCCGAAAACCCCGCCUAGCGCUGGGGGCGAGCGCCACGAGCAGGAACAGCAAGAAAUACACCUGGGCCCCGCCGACGAUUCCGACGAUGCUGAUUCUUCCAUCGACGACGAGCCAACGAGAGACAGUCUCGUAUCCCUUCGGUCGAGCAUCCUCGACUUUCACGAAGAGAAUGGCCGGACAUAUCACUCCAUGAGCGCCGGAAAAUACUUCCUUCCAAAUGAUGCGGCGGAGAUUGACCGUUUGGAUCUGCAACAUCAUAUCUUCAGACUGACCUUCGACAACCAAAUCUGCCUCUGUCCCAAGAAACACGGCGCAAAAAGGGUUCUGGAUCUCGGCACCGGAACGGGAAUAUGGUGCAUAGAGUACGCGGAUGAGCAUCCCGAGGCUGAGGUUAUCGGUGUUGACCUCUCCCCUGUUCAGCCUGAAUUCGUGCCACCAAACUGUGCCUUCGAGAUCGACGACCUGGAGAAAAGCUGGACAUGGUCAAAACCCUUUGACUUUAUCUUCAGUCGCUUUAUGACGGGUAGCUUCGCCGAUAACAGCACCAUCGUGAAGAAGGCAUUUGAUCAACUCGAGCCCGGCGGCUACUUCGAGGCGCAGGACAUGGCUGUCCCCUUGGGCUGCGAUGACGGAACCCUGACAACCGACUCGGACCUGUGGACCUGGUGCCUGUGGUUGAUGCAAGCAAUGGAGGCUUUCGGCAGACCGCUUACGGCCGCGCAGAAAUGGAAAGAGCUCAUGGAGGCCGCCGGAUUCGAAGACGUCGUGGAGAGAGUCUACAAGUGGCCAACCAACAGCUGGGCUCGCGACGCACAUUACAAGACGCUUGGCCGAUGGGUUUUCUACAACAUGGACCAAGUCUUGGAACCCGCCAUCUUGGCACCGAUGACAAGAUCACUGGGUUGGACAAGAGAAGAGGCGAUCGUGCUUGCGGCACACGCGAGAAGGGUGUUGCGGGAUCCAAAGGUCCACGCCUAUUGGCCAAUACAUGUUGUUUACGGACGAAAACCACUUAACACCAGGGCACCGAGGGCCGAGGUAUGACAUGGACAUCGAGGUCCAGCGAGCGCCUCCAACACUAUAGAAUGAUGGGAUAGAGUAAGGGUUCUUUUGCCUGGGAUGGGCUUGGUGGAACAUUGGUGUUGCUUGCAAUACCAAGGGUUUGCAUGGAUAGGAGUGCUCACAGUAUUCUGGUGCAAUUGGCACCAAAUAUGGAAUGAAACAUAACUGCAGUUAUUCGAUUGGAAUGUGAGGGGGUAAUUCUGUCAGCGUUUGCCAGCAACCAAAACAGCUGGCUGCUGAUCUGGUGGGUGGAAUAAGUACGCUCCGCUGUGCAUCAUCCGUUUGCAUGCUCGUCCAGCUUCCGACGUUUACUCUGCACACCUACUUGACUGGUGCAUUGACUCUGAGAACAGCUGAUCUGGUCUUCCUUUUUUUGCUUAUGAUCAUGGCCGUAAAUGGCUAGCAAAACGUUUGAAGUUGGGAC